UAUAAAAUUAGAGAAAAAACUACUACGUAAUUACAUUAUGUAGUUCACAUUUAAGUAAAAUUUAUACAAGUUAGAUAUAAUAUCUAAGUAAAAACAGUGAAUAUUUUGCAUUUUCAAUAUGAAGACGAGAACUUUAAUUCCAAAAAUUAAACAUGUAGUAUCCGAUGCAAGAAUAGCAUGGAAUGUUUUAAACGGCGUAUUUGCUGUUUACAAACCCCCAGCAGUCACCUAUUUAAAUACACGAGACACCAUAAUUUAUCGUCUCUGCGAAGAUUUGAAUAGUAUGCAAGUACGUCCACCGAUCCAACAUGUGUGUAUAGAAGGUGAUACAACAGAGAAGAUGGAAGUAGUUACACAUCCUAGUUAUGCGGAUCAUCCUUUAGUAGUAGGACCACGAUAUCAAUUAAAAGAUUUCAAAUUAAUAUGCGCUAAUUAUUUGAACACCAACUCAUCAGGACUCAUGAUCUGUGGUAUUAAUGAUUCUACCAAGUUGAUUCACAAAUUGAAAGCAUCUAAACCUCCGAGCAGUUACAAAGUUAAAGGCAUCUUGGGACAAGCAACAGAUAAUUAUUUUAAAACUGGAAAAAUCGUCGAAAGAUCUACAUACAAAUAUAUUAAGCGUGAUGUUAUUGAUAGAAUGUGUGCUUCCAUGCAGGCUGCGCAUCAAAGAAAAAUGUUUGAAGUCAGUGGAAUAGAUAUACAAAGUCAAGCUGCAUAUGAGUUUGCUGUAAAAGGUUUAAUGAGACCUGCAAACAACGAUAUUCCUAUGGUUUAUAGCAUAAAAUGUGUAGACUUUACAUCUCCUGAAUUUACAUUAGAAAUUGUGGCUAUAAACGAAAACGAAAUGUAUUUGAAAACUUUGGUUCACGAUUUAGGAAUACAACUUCAUAGUGUUGCUACAUGUACUCAAAUAUUAUGUUUUCGAUACGCGUUAUUCAACCUAGAUCUUGCCCUAUUGCCAAAACAUUGGGAGUUGCAAAACAUUUUAGAUAAUAUAGAACAAUGUCAUGAUAUACUUAAUCAAAAUAGAUCUUUACUGAAACAAAAAAAUCCAAUAUUGACAAAACAAAAUAAUUAACUAAAAUUUGUUUCAGACUGUAAAUUUAAA